AUGAACACCCUCUCGCCAACAUCUCCCAAAGUCAGGCGCAAGGUCUCUUCCCGCAGACCUCGCGCAGUCUCCCAUCUUCCUCCUUACACCCAGGACUCGCAUGAUGCCGCUCUCUACAGCAUCCGCAAUUACCUCAAGGGGCGCACCACCUACGAUUCCUUUCCCGUCAGCUUCAGGCUCAUUGUCCUCGACUCAAAGCUAGAGGUCAGAAAGGCUCUUCAGUGUCUCUUGCUCAAUGGUGUCGUCUCCGCACCUCUCUGGAACAGCGAGAAAUCGUGCUUCGCGGGCAUGUUCACCGUAUCAGACAUCAUCCAUCUCAUCCAAUAUUACUACCAAUUUGCCUCGUACGACGUCGCCGCCUCAGACGUCGAGACCUUCCGAUUGGAGUCGCUGCGCGACAUAGAGAAGAGUCUUGGUGUGGCCACCCCACCACUCCUACACGCGUAUCCCUCUGCCACUCUUUAUGACGCCGCCAGGCUGCUCAUACAGACCCACGCACGUCGAGUACCGCUCCUCGACGAAGACACUGAGACAGGACACGAGGUCAUUGUGUCCAUCCUCACACAGUAUCGUCUCCUCAAGUUCAUCUCGAUCAACUGUGGCAAGGAGAUUCAGCAGCUGCAUCUAGGACUCCGGAAGCUCAAGAUUGGCACCUAUGUUGAAGACCCCUCCGCACUACCUCCCGAUGCACAACGGUUUCAUCCAAUCGCGACGGCAACAUUGUCGACACCCGUCUUCGACGUUGUGCACAUGUUCUCGGCGCGCGGGAUUUCUGCCGUGCCAAUCAUAGACGCGGACGGCAUCGUCGUCAAUCUGUACGAAACAGUGGAUGUCAUCACGCUCGUCCGACUGGGUGCUUACCAGUCCCUGGAUCUCACCAUAUCUGAAGCGCUCAACCAACGCUCACCCGACUUCCCCGGAGUGGUCAUCUGCACCGCGUCCGAUUCCCUCGGCACACUCAUGCAGCUCAUUAAGAGGCGGCGGGUGCACCGACUAGUGGUAGUAGAAGGCGAGGAGGAGGAGCGGAAAGGCGGGAAGAAGGGCCGGCUGCUCGGUAUCAUCACACUGAGUGACGUCCUGCGUCACCGCGCCGUUGACUCGUGCUGCUAUGUUCUCUGCUCAGUCUUCACCAUGGCCGCCGCUAUUCAGGCUAUCCACGUCCGCAGCUACGAAGAACGCUACGAGCCAAAGGCGCACACCGUCUAUCGCAUAGAAAUCCAGGCGUCCGUCCGCUCAUGGCAGAUGUGGAGGCGCUACUCCGAAUUCGUCGAUCUCCACGUCGAGCUCACCAAGUCCACCGGCUCUGUGCCCCCCUGCCAGCUCCCGCCAAAGCGCUCCCUCACCAUGUUCAAGUCUCGCAGCAGCCCCGCGCUGCUCGAAGAGCGCCGCGCGGGCCUCGAGCUCUACCUCCGUGCGAUCCUCAGCGCGAAGGAGGACCGCUGGCGCGAGAGCUUCGCCUUCCGCGACUUCCUCGGCGUGCCCGUCGGUAAACUGCUGCCGCAGGGUGGCGACGCGGGUGCGCCCGCGCAGUUCACCUCGUCCUCCUGGCUCGACGAGCACCAGGACCUGCAGGCGCGCGUGCGCGACGUGCGCGCGGACAUCAACAAGCGCGACGCCCUCGCGGACCGCAGCGACGUCGCCGGCGCGCACCAGGCGAACGUGCAGGCGAAGAAGAAGCUCGCGGGCGCGCUUUCGCGUGUGGGCGUGCUCGAGGACGGGCUGCGCACGCUCGGGCUCUCCGGGAUGAGUGAGGGCGAGCUCCAGCGCCGUACGGAUAUGGUCGCGCGCCUGCGGGACGACUGCGAGAAGCUCGCGAAGAUGGUCACCGUCGCGAGGAUGACCUCCCGCGGGCUUGGCUCGAACGCUGAGCGCAAUCCCGCGUCUCUGUCAGACCGUGCUGCGCUGUUGGAGACGUCGUCAACAUCGUCAUCGGGGUUCGCCCCGCCCGUCACACGAGUAUUCGGGGAGGCUGCGAAGCCGCAGGAAACGCAGGAAACGCGGCCGUUAGAUAAUCAUGGGCUGCUGCAGUUGCAGGAGACACAAAUUUCCCACCAGGACGAGCAGCUAGUGCAGCUAUCGACUGUUCUCCAGCGUCAGAAACAUCUUGGGCUGGCCAUUGGGCACGAGAUUGCGGAGCAGACCGAGAUGCUGGACGAUCUUACGACGGAGGUUGACCGGACAGGGCGGAAACUCACGGGUGCUAAGAAGCAGAUGAACAGGCUGGGUUAG